AUGGAUAAGAAGAUGUCAGGAAUAUCGAAACCUGACACGGAUAUUUCAAAAUUGUCUGGAAAAUCGAAACAUACGGAGGCCCUUGCUAUCGCUCCAGAAACAGUACAACUGGUCUGGAACUAUAGCAAGAUGUCAGUAACGGAAGUACCAGACCACUGGAUGGAUGUGCUCAAAAAGCACCAAACAAUUGGCGCUAAUCCCAGCCUUUGGCUGGCAUGGUUUGCCGAUUGCACCAUCAUCCAGAGCCCCGUCUACAAGAAAAUGAAGGCUCGAAUGCUGAAAGGAGAGAAGCUAUUGGAGCUGGGUUGUGGUUUCGGGCAAAAUAUGCGCAAACUUUGUGUCAAAGGCGUAGCAGCUGAAGACCUCUUCGGGUUUUACACGGAUAGGAUCCUCAUAGAGGCUGGAUACGAUCUUUUUGUGGAUCGAAGCACGCAGAUGACUUUCUUCACUGGAGACAUCGUAGCCGGGACAUUCGAAUUCGAGCGCUUUCACGACAAAUUCAACAUCGUCUUCGCAAGCAUGUUCUUUCACCUUUUCGAUUGGACUGAGCAGGUUGCUAUAGCGAAGCAAGUCGUCAACUUCCUGCGAAAGGAACCGGGGUCGAUGAUUUUCGGGCAACAAAUUGGUCACAUCAAGCCUGGGUUGUACCAAGUCGGAAGAGAAUCCGCAGGCUAUGCGCACAACACUGCCACCCUACAGCAAAUGUGGGACUUGGUUGGCAGCGAGACCAAAUCGACUUGGCAUGUGCAAGGUAUUAUGGAUGUCAAUGAUAACAUCGCUGCCCUCACCCAGGAUGAUAACACGCGUUGCCUGCGAUUCUGGAUCCGCAGGUUAUGGAACUAG